GCGGUGCACCGGGUUUUGCAUGGUAUGGCAUGCAGUGUGAGACUCCAUGGCUGUUUUUGCGACUGUCCGCAAAAUCGACUGAAAUAGAGCAAUUCGACUGCAGUGAACAACAGUCAAGAGCAAGAGCCAAAAAGUAUCUGAUCCACAAUCAACAAGCAGUGACUGGAAAGAUGUCCGCGCGCUUGGAAACGGACCGGGAUGUGCAAGCAUGGAAGGAGUACGUUAGCAAGGCCGUGGCGUUCCUCAAGCGGUACUCGCACCUGGCAGACGCGUACAUACUGGAUUUCUUCGUGAAAGAGUCGUGGAGCACCAUUCCGGGCAGCUGGGGGCAGACACUGGACUUUUGGUCUGCCGAGAAGUUAUCAGCAUUUAUAGCUGGCGAUGGCACCGAUGCUCCCAAAAGCACAAGCGGGCCGCCAGCCGUCGUGCCGCCGCUGUCUCUGCUCUGCUACGGGGCCGCCUGCCGAACGGUGUCGCUGGCGCCGGCCGGACUGGAGACGGGAGCGACCGCGGGGCGUCCGCCGACCCUCCAGACGGUGUCGCUGGCGCCGGCCGGACUGGAGACGGGAGCGACCGCGGGGCGCCCGCCGACCCCCCAGACGGUGUUUCUGGCGCCGGCCGGGCUGGAGACGGGAGCGCAGAGUCCACACCGGUCGGCGCUGGCCGCGUGUCCGGCACGGUCGGGCCAGGGAGACGGGCACUCGGACGCGGCGAGUGGGAGCCCCGUCGACGCCGCCACGGAGGCGUGGCCAGAGGAUGCGGCCGGCGAGCUGACAGCCGCCGGCGGCCAGCUGAGGGCGCUGCAUCACGUGUUCCGUCGCCACGUCAAGCCCAAGAAGCAGCACGAGAUGCGGCGGCUGGCGCGGCUGGUGGAGCUGACGGCGCCGGAGCUGGUGGUCGACCUGGGCUCGGGUCAGGGCCACCUUUCGCGCUACCUGGCCUACGGCAGCCGCCUGCCCGUCGUGUGCCUGGAGUCGAACGCGGUGUUCGUGCGCGGCGCCAGAACACUGGACGAACAGCUGGAGAAGACAAUGAUGAAGCGAGAGGGCUGCGUGCUGUCCGCGCGACCUCUUCACUCGGCUUGCCAUAUCUCCGAAGACAUGGACCACCGAGAGUUCGCAGAGAUGCUGUGUCGACUCACCGGUGCGCCGGCCGCGUCUCUCCGAUUCACCGCGCUCGGCCUGCACACGUGCGGCGACCUGGCGCCGCUGAUGCUGCGCCAGUUCGUCCGGUCGCCGCACUGCGGCGCUGUCGUCUCUGUCGGCUGCUGCUACAUGAAGCUGUCGACGGCGACGGACGCGUGGCACGGCUACCCGCUCAGCGAGCACGUGGCGGCGGUGGCUGCAGCGCAGCGGUACGCCAUGAGCUACGAGGCGCGAGAGGUCGCCUGUCACGCCAUCGAGGAGUACGCCUCGCGGCUGCGCGGCGGAGGCGAGCAGCACCUCAAGAUCCACGCGUACCGGGCGGCCCUGGAGCGAGCGCUGGUGGCCUGGGACCCGGCGCUGAAGCACGCUGGCCUGCGCGGCGUCACCAGGGGCCACACGCUGCCCUUCGAAGAGUACGCUCGGCGCGCGUUGGCACGGCUGCCUGUGGCCGCCGAGAGCCUGGAUCUGGCGCCAGCGGCGGCCGACCUGCGCCAGUGGCGCCGCGUUGUGGCCUUCUACUCCCUGCGGCUGAUGCUGGCGCCCGUUAUCGAGACUGUCAUCCUGCUGGACCGCAUGCUGUACCUCUGGGAGCACGGCCAUCCGAGCAUCUUGGUGCCUGCCUUCGACCCGAAGCUGUCUCCGCGGAACUUCGUGCUCAUGGCCAAGAAGCGGUGAUGAAGUGGUGAUGUAGUGCUGCUCUCGGUGAUCGCCGUCACCAUUAUCAGAACGGUUGUGCGCGGACUGUGAUAUAAUCGAGCACCGAGUGGUAUGCAACAGCGAAAUAUGCGAUGGUCGGAAAGCAGUGGUUUUCACGCUGUCCGAUGCAGUAUUUGUGACGCCGGAGACGAUCGGGGUCUACGAGUGGCUAUUAUUAUGUUUUUGGUGUGUUUUAGGUUGUUUUGUGGUCCAUUUAUAGGUGAUGUUGGCGGCAAGAAUUCAUAUUGGUUUCCGCUCAGAUCGCGUAUUGUGCGCGCGUCUGUAACCUGGUUGCCAUCUGUGAUAACCGUGUGAGUUGGCGAUCAUUGGAUCUCGUCAUGCGAUUUGGUUAUCUGUGAGUAGGGUAUUUUCUCUAUUAUGCUCCACGGUGGUUUAGACACUUAAAUUAUGUUUGUGUUUCGCCAUGGCGAUACAUAACAUUCAAACUG